AUGCGCACUAAACUUCAUGUGGCUGGACGUCCACUUCCACACGGUUCACCACUGUCAUCACAGCAGGUCGCCACCAGAGUGGGAGAAAAACAGAAGAAGAGCAAAGCAUACACUGAUCAGAAACGUGGUGCAACUGCUAUAUCCUUCGCAUGUUGGUCAUAUGUGCGGGUGAAAAAGCCUGGUAUUCUCCCUAAAACACAGCACAAGUUUUCCGAACCACUGAAAGUGGUGGGGAAAAAGGGACAGUACAGCUACCUGCUGUCAGAUGGACGGUGCUGGAAUGCAUCUCACCUCGCACCUGCCUCUCUUCAGGAGGAGAGUGACAAUCUGGACUUUGAAGCUAUACCAGCUGUUGCUCUGGAAAACACCAGGAAAAAGUUUGAGGUCAAGCAGCCACUCGUGGAGCCUGUCGAUGGAGAAAUGGAUCAGUACGGAGAUGAGUCGGGGGACGGGGGCCAGAACGAGGGGAUUCCUGCUCCGGGAAAAGCUUGUGGGGUUAAAUUCAAUGCAAUGCCGUGUCCUGUCGAGAGGUGCAUCAGCGGAGAGGUUUGCAUGUCACCAUCGCUGGAGUUGGACACCAAAAACCUCCCCGACAGCAAAAGUCAAGACGAGUUUUCCUGUAAGAGUCUGAUGUUUGGUAAAACCGACUCCAAGCAACUGGCGAAAGCUGAGGCUGAACCCAGUCAGUUCUGCAGCUGUGUUCACUCUCAUCUUUCUUCUCUUUGUCUUAAACAAUGUUUUGAAUGCAAGGGCUUACACUAUUACAACUGUGACUCUCUUAAAAUUUGCAAAAUGAAUGGUCACAAAGUGAAGUAUGCCGGGAAUCCAAAUGAAUCAGAGGAGCCAUCACUACCGAGCGGGGUCUCAUCAGACCCUCCCCCGUAUGACAGCGCAGCGAUGCCCUCCUUAGCCCCGUGUGACGAGCCCACACCCGUCAGUCAGUCCAUCCAUCCCAUCUCCUUCCACGGCUGCUGUGACCUCACCAAGCCGGACCCUCAGGUCCUGUGUCGCAGCUGCAGUGUUUUCCACUCCGGUUCCUGCAGAGAGGGAGAUCUAUGCCAAACAAACCACGACAUCUGCCCGCUCGGGGUGUGCUCCUGCGGGAAGCUGUGCUCCAGGAAGCCCCUGGUUCUGUGCAGGUACUGUGGUAGGGAGUUUUGCACCAACUGUUGGUACAGAAAUCCUGUUUCAUGCAUCUGUGGCCAAACCUUUGACCAGUCGUCAUCAGUAUGAUUUGUAUUUGAAAUGUUUUGCACUAAAGAGGCACAUUUAACAGUCGCUGUGCCUUAAAUUUGCGUACUAGAACAACACAUUCUUUUUUCCCCUUUUGGAUGGAUGAAUUUAAAAAUUGCCUUGUCGGAAAUACAGUUGGUUUUUUUUUUAGAUAUUUUCCGAUGUUUCUCGUUUUCUGUCAUUGAAUUGUUCUGUAAGUUGCCAAAUAUUCACCGUUGGCCUUUUAAAAACCGUAGCAUUUGUUGAGAAAGUUGGGACUAUGGUUUGUUUUCCUGGUUCACUUUACUGUGAUGUAAAGCUCACCUUUUUUUUUAAACCACAUGUUGUUUGCACAGUUUGGAGUAAAAAUGGCCAUCACACAGUUUGGUGAAUGUAUCUUUUUUAAGGUGUGAGCUUAAUUUGU